GACGUCACCGUCGGCGGCGCGGGCGCUGAUUGGCCGCCGCCUUCCCGCUUCCUCCUGGCCGGCCGAGAGCCCGCCAUUUUGAAAAGCUCGCCGCCGCCGCCGCCUCCCCGCCGGCCCCCGGCACCGGCACCGGCCCCGGGGCUGCAGCCGGAGCUGAGAAACAUACACCAUGUCUUCUGUUGCUUCAUCCAAAGAAGAUACAAUGUCGUCUGAGAAAGCAGAUGAGAAACAACCUGAAGCUGAAAACAAAGCUGAGGAAAGUGAUGAAGAUGAAGAGGAGGAAGAAGAGGAGGAAGAAGAAAAGGAAAAGAGCCUUAUUGUUGAAGGAAAAAGGGAGAAGAAGAAGGUAGACCGGUUGACCAUGCAAGUGUCCUCAUUACAAAAAGAACCUUUUACAAUUACACCAGGAAAAGGACAAAAACUUUGCGAAAUUGAAAGGAUACAAUUCUUUUUGAGUAAAAAGAAGACAGAUGAACUUCGGAACCUGCACAAACUCCUCUACAACAGGCCAGGCACUGUUGCUUCCCUAAAGAAGAAUGUGGGUCAGUUCAGUGGGUUUCCAUUUGAAAAAGGAAGUGACCAAUACAAAAAAAAGGAGGAAAUGUUAAAAAAAUUUAGAAAUGCGAUGUUGAAAAGUAUCUGUGAAGUUCUUGAUUUGGAAAGAUCAGGAGUUAAUAGUGAACUGGUAACCAGGAUCUUAAACUUCUUGAUGCACCCAAAAUCUUCAGGCAAGCCAUUGCCAAAGUCCAAAAAAACACCAAGUAAAGGUGGCAAAAAGGAGCGCAGUAGCACCGGAACAACAAGAAAAGCAAAACGCACCAAGUGUCCAGAGAUCUUGUCAGAUGAAUCUAGCAGUGAGGAAGAUGAAAAGAAGGAAAAGGAUGAGUCUUCAGAGGAAAAAGAAAGUGAAGAGGAGGCCCCUAGAAAAGCAUCCAAAAGAGAAAAGUCUAAAAAGACGACUUCCAAACCCAAGAAAGCUGUGAAGGGUGCUAAUGUCAAGAAGGCAGACAGCAGCACUACUAAAAAGAAUCAGAACAGUUCUAGAAAAGAAAGUGAGUCUGAGGAUAGUUCAGAUGAUGAACCUUUAAUUAAAAAGCUGAAGAAACCACCCACAGAUGAAGAACUAAAGGAAACUGUCAAGAAAUUGCUGGCCAAUGCAAACUUGGAGGAGGUCACAAUGAAACAAAUUUGCAAGGAGGUGUACGAAAACUAUCCUAGUUAUGAUUUAUCUGACAGAAAAGACUUCAUUAAAAAAACAGUCAAAGAGUUGAUUUCAUGAUCUGGUUUGACUGUGGGAAAUUGAAGAUUCCUGAUUUUAUGUUCCCAUGGAUUUGAAGAUCUGAUAGGCACCAGCAAAAGGAAAGUGUCUUACCCUUGUGGUAUUUAGUCAGAGUUGAUUCUGCUGAUCUAAUGCAAAGAGUGUUGAUGUAAAUCAUGUUGUGUAUCUUUUUUUUUUUUAAACUAAACAUGCAUUUGAUGCAGUUUUUAGUUGAACAUACUUAAGUUUUGUGCAUGGCAAUAAGUGUUCCCUUUUUAUAGUUUUUGUACAUUUUGAAUUGCUUUGUAUAAUUAGAUUCAUUAGACAUCACAGUUUAGUCUGCCUUACUAGCUUGCAGAAGAUUUUAAGAUGAAGAUGAGAGCUGUUUAUCUGUGGAUAUACAUGCAGAGACUGGAAUAUCGCAGUAUUGGUUAUUAAAAAAUAUUUUGAAUACAUAUCCAUUCUGAAAAUACCAAGAGUUAAUCACAUGUUAAUGUCUUUUAUAUUCUGAUACAUUCUACAGAUGCAGAGUUAUUCUAAAUCUAGAUUACUGUCUUGCAUGUGUAGGCACUGAGACAACUGUUAGAGCAUGGUAACUAAUUCGCAUAUAGAUGUUAUUUUUGUACUUUUAAAAGGCUUUCUGUUGUGUAUAUAAAGUUAUUUCAGAUUUCUUUUGUGCAAAUCAGUUUUUUAAUCUUGUAAUCUUGGAGGAUUUAUGACAUGAAAUGUCACUGUUCAGCAGUGAGGCUGUGAUGAAAAGUGGGAUGCAGAAGUUUUGUGAAACUACAAAUGAGUUGAGGUUUUACAGUGUUUUUCCCAUCUUACCUUGUACAGAAAUGAAACUGUAGUUUUAUACUUAAGCUUUUCAGCAUUUAACUUUGUACAAAGACUACAGGUACAUUUGUUUCAAUGGCUUGACAUACUAAAUAAAAUCCCUCUAAAGUCUACAGGGAAAUUUUCAAAUUUCACUUUGUACAAAAUCUUUUAUUUUAGUGUCUUGAUUUAAUGGCCUAACGUCUCAGAAGUGGGUGUCCAGGACGUGCAGCUGGGAGGCUUGAGAGCUUUGGAAGCCCACAGUGGGGCUUCUGCACCAGGCAUCGCUAAGUGUGUGGUUAAGCUCUGUUCCGUGUGCGAAAGCUCUUCUGAACCUGAGCCCUGGUGCCUCAACAUGUGCAAUGGUACUUUUAAGUCUGCAGUCUUGAACUUUGGCCCACAGCUUUUUGGAUCAAGGUGAACUCUUUGCAUAAGUUUCUGUUCUUUAGGUUUCUGUUCUCCGUACACCAUGUUGUUAAUAUGGAAAGUCCUACACUUAAAAUUAUGAACUACCAACAGACGUCAAAGUGUGGGCUGCCAGUAACGCCAUGAGCAAAGAAUCCCUCUGACUACAGUAUUGCUGGAAAGACAAAGCAUAUUUUUGAAUUUUAUUAUUGUACAGUUGGGAAAUAAAGGUUCAUAAGUGAUCUAAAUUCUGAAAAUGUUCAGCCAGUUAGAUUGUUAAAUAUCAUACACGUUGAAUUUCUUUGCAUAUAAUCAUUUAUAAGAAGGCUGACUGCAACGGGGUUUUUUUGUAUUCAAUAAAUGUCUUUCACAAAAAUGUAAAUCAAUUUUGAUGAUACAACAUUUGCUUAAAUGUAUAGUAAAAAUUACACAAACAAA